AUGGUCCUUGAACCAGUUUCAGUUGUCGGUGGAACUCAAUAUUACAUCUCACUGGAAAUCAAUCAGAAUAAGGAAACAGGGAACUGGUGGCUCGUGUAUGGCGAAAAUGGGAAAACAAUUGGGUACUGGCCAAACAGUUUGUUCACAUAUCUGAAGAAUGGAGGUGAAGUUAUUGGUUGGGGAGGAAUCGUAUACACCACAACACAAAAUAUGCCAGCUAUGGGAAACGGAGACAAUGGGGAGCUGUAUAGUUGCCAUUUUAGGCAAGUUGCAGUGAAAUAUGAAGCAGGGUCAGGUCUAAAUGGGAGCAUGGAUGCGCCAAUUAAUGUUAUAAAAAACAAAUGCUACAAGGCUGGAGAUAAUUCCUACAAAGGACUUUACUGGGGUUACAGCUUUUAUUUUGGUGGGAAUGGUGGGGAUGUGAACGAGUGUUCUCAGAAACUCUAG